GCCUGAAAUCUGACCUCCUGCCAAUUGGUCAUCAGCAGGACAUGGCUUCCUAAAUUACUUUUCUCUCUCUGUAUGCUUUGCCGUCUCUCUUUCUUUCUGAUAAGAUGCUGAAGCUAUGGAAAUGGUACCAGCACUGCCUAUCUUCUCAUCCAGUUAAGACCCAAAUCAUCAGCUCUGGAAUUCUUUGGGGCAUUGGGGAUAUUGGCGCUCAAUACAUCACUCACUCAACAGCAGUCAACCGUCUAAAGAAAUCUAAGGAUGUAGAAGCAGAAUUCAAAAUCAACUGGAGACGUGUAGCUAUCACUAGUAUGUUUGGAUUUGGCUUUGUUGGUCCAGUUGGCCACUUUUGGUAUGAAGGCUUGGACAAGCUUAUAAGACUGCGACUUCAACUGCCACCAAAAUCAGUUCGAUUUGUAGCUACUAAAGUGGCUGCUGAUGGCAUAAUCUUUGGCCCCUUUGAUUUGUUUGUGUUCUUCACUUAUAUGGGAUUUUCCACUGGCAAGAAUGUAGCUCAAGUUAAGGAAGAUUUGAAGAGGGACUUCCUUCCUGCCUUGAUUUUAGAGGGUGGUGUAUGGCCAAUAGUUCAGAUUGCGAAUUUCCGGUACGUGCCAGUGAGGUAUCAACUCCUCUAUGUUAAUAUGUUCUGCUUGUUAGACAGUGCGUUCUUGUCAUGGAUUGAGCAACAAAAUGAUGCCCCUUGGAAGCAGUGGUUUACGUCUUUUGGCCCUUUGAAGGAACGAGGAGGUCAGGGCAGAUUAUGAAAGAUUUCCUCGCUCUGUUGUAUCUUCCUUUCUGAAUGAUAAAAUUGACAAGUACACAACAAACGUGUAACUCCAGAAAAAAUUAUAACUGCCUGAAGUGCCAAAAGAGGUUUUAGAAAUUGGGAUUUGGGGGUGAAUUAAUUGCUUUAUAAUUGUAAAGCGUUAUUAAAUUUAGUCCCUGAAAUCUCAAGGCAUUGGAACACAGAAUCAAGCCCUUUAUUUGUUAGGGCAUCUUGUUACAUCUCCGAAACUAUCUUAAGUUCUUUUCAUGUCGACUGCACAGGGCCACAGGCCACUACUUAUGGCCAGAGUCUGUCAAGGUUCACAUC